AUGGUAAGGUUAACUGCCGAAUACAUUGAAAAGAAGUGUUCUCAAAUACAAUUAAGCAAAUCUCUAAGCAAAAAAAUAAAAAAAGACCAAUUAUAUAAUAUAACUCAUUUACGUAUGAACAAUAUGUUUAUCAGCAGUAUCGGUAAUUGUGUUAAUUACAAAAAUCUUAAAGUAAUAUAUUUACAAAAUAAUAAUAUUGCGACGAUAGAAAAUUUACACUUUGCAUCGAACUUAACACAUCUAUAUCUUCAGCAUAACGUAAUAAAUAAAAUAGAGAAUUUAGAUUUUUUAGAAAAUUUACAUACGCUCUAUUUAGGAUAUAAUAAAAUACCGGUAGUAGAGGGUCUUGAACGUUUAAAAAAUUUAACUAUUUUACAAAUAGAAAAUCAAAAGCUACCUAUUGGAGAGUCAUUGUGUUUUGAUCCACGAAGUAUACUCACUUUAUCUAAAUGUUUGAAAGUACUUAACAUUUCGGGUAAUAAAAUAAUAUCCUUAAAAAGUAUUAGAGAAUUAAAUAAAUUAGAAGUUUUAGACGCUGAGGACAAUUUUAUCGAGGACAUAAACGAUCUAACAGAAAGCAUAAAUGUUUUGACUUCUUUAACAGACUUAUCUUUGCAAGGCAAUCCUGUAACUCAGUGUUAUAGAUACAAAGAAAAUAUUAUUGCCAAUAAUGAUACAAUAAAAACAAUUGAUCGAAAAACAGUGACGGAUGUAUGUAGAUGUUUCAUGAAAAGGUUUAAGAUAAAAAAGCAUCUUUACCAUACCAAAAAAUCAUUAAGCACCACAUUAGAUGAAGAUAUAGCAAGUUCAUUAAAUUUACCACCUGCAUUUAAAAAAUCAAUAUCCAGAGCAAUAUUUCAACAUCCUAAUCCGAAAUUUCCCGUCACGAUUUCGUCUGUAAUUGGUGAAACGCAUGUGUUUCCACCAUGGAAAAUAGCACCAGGCGCAAAUGCUUUAAGAAAUGGUCAUUUUGCCCCGAGACCAUUCUGGAGUAAUAUAAUUAGAACCAAACAACCUCGUAAUAUACGGUCUUUGUUAAGCACUAAAGCUAUUAAAUUACCACCUAUUUGA